AUGUCGGACGGAGAAGAGACCAUUUCCAACCCCCCCGUCGCUGAGGCCGAGGAUGUCGAGGUCCCCGCCGAGUCCAGCGGUGGACAGAUGUCCGUUAACGAUGCGCUCAAGGGCGUCCUCAAGAUCGCCUUGAUCCACGACGGUCUUGCCCGUGGUCUCCGCGAGGCCUCCAAGGCCCUCGACCGUCGCCAGGCGCACAUGUGUGUCCUCAACGAGUCCUGCGAGGAGGAGGCUUACAAGAAGCUCGUUAUCGCUCUUUGCUCUGAGCACGAGAUCCCCUUGAUCAAGGUUCCUGAUGGAAAGGUUCUUGGUGAAUGGGUUGGUCUCUGCCAGCUCGACCGCGAAGGAAACGCCCGCAAGGUGGUCAACUGCUCUUGCGUCGUUGUCAAGGACUGGGGUGAGGAGUCUCAGGAACGUUCCGUCCUCCUCAACUACUUCCAGACUAGCCAGUAA